AUGUCCGGCAUCUCGACGGAUCACAGCAGCGGCGAGAAUUCGCAAGGUCGACGAGUACGGGCGCGAUGGCGAGGACAUUACUCGUCCGGCAGUGAGACGGGAAGCGACGGUGAGGGCGCCAGCAGCAGUCGCUCAGAUCUUUCAACAGAGCCAGACCUUUCCGUCUCGAGUGGCAGUGACCAUGGUAGAGCCGUGUCGCCAAGCGAUUAUUUACCACCACAAGAUUUGCGCCUGCUACCGCCUCCUCUGGAGCACGUUCCGAGCGGUCUCUCAUCCACGCUGAUCUCGGGAGCAAGAAUCCACGGCGUGGGAUCGCCGCCCUCUUUGCAUUCUGCAAGUUCCAACGCAUAG